GGCUCGCGGGUCCGAGUGGAGCGUCAGUCUUGCAGGAGCGGCGGCGCGAACCGCUCGCGUGCCUCUCCACCGACUUCUGCGUCGACGACCUUUCGUCCGUCAAUCGCCGCGUGUUUCUCGCGCGACUGCAGCGGCCACUGAGAGCACACUGUUCGGACGGACGAGCGAGCAGCAUGGCCGCCGCAUUGGUUCAGUCAAGUGUCUGGGCUUCGGGAUGGAACGCGUGCAGCAGCGAGAGCAGCGACGCCGACCGGUGGUGAUAGAGCGAUCGGCCAAGGAUGAGCAGGCGGCAAUCGGGUGGCCAGCGGCGAGCCAGCUGCGGAGAACCGUGCGUCCACCAACCGCCGCCCGCGUCGCCGAGGUGAGCCAGCAGCAGCGACAGUCGAAGACAUUCCACGCGAAAUGCAGAGACUGCGAACCACGUUCAAGCGAUCUCGAACGCCAACCGGCGCCGACAUGAAGCAGCAGAACAGCCUGGAGGUGCCGCGCCAGGUGCGCUCAGCGUCGUUUGACGAAAUCCAGCUGGAGGCGGCCAAGAGCCAGCCAGACUCAGCGACGCCGUCGGUUCGAAUGCAGCCGACGGCGUUGCACCUGCCUCUGCAGAGUCUGAGCGCGCCAUCCGCGUCAGCCACGACGGCCGAGACCUUCCUCAAGGUGCCCACCUUCUCGAGCCAAAGAUCCAAGAGCUUCGACUCCGGCUGCGGGGCAAAUGCGAGCGGCUCCAGCGGCGACGAGUCGUACUACCUGGAGGUGCCGCGCUACUUCCAGAGGAGACGAUCUUCUAGUGAUAAAUCCGCCUCUAUUUGUGUGCAUUGCCAGUGUGUCGAGGAGUACGAGAGACUGAAAGCGUGUGCGGAGAGCACGGUGAAUGCGGGUGUGCAGCUGCGAUGCGACUUCUCAAGUCUUCCUUUAGGACUACCUUUAUCUUCGCCUUCAUCUUCAGCCUCUUCUAGUGAGAGUGACCUGCCGUCUUGCGGCAUCCGGGUCACCUUGGAGCCCGAAGACUUGGAAUUCCGGCGUCGCCAGAGCCUGGCGGUGACGCCCUCCUCGCCGCACAAGCUCGCCAGGCAGGAGGCCUUCUUUGUUGAGAACUCGCUCGAGUUCUCUUUGUCAGCCGAGAGCGACGACCCGGCCGUGGUCGCUGAGAUUUUCCUCGAAGUUCCUGAGCUGCCGUACAACAAACGCGACCGCGCCGCCAGUGUGGACUCUGGGUUCGCACAGGCGGCCGCCGCUGAGGGCCACGGACCCACGAAGGAAUUGGUGCUGCUGGAGCCAAGCAGUGGUGCCAUCUCUCCUCUCACCGAAUCCGAAGGAGGUUUCCUCGCACCACCACCAACCACCCUGCGCUCUCGCUCCGUUGACAUCGUUCUACCCACCCAGGAACACGAACGGUACAAGGCCCUUGCCGCUGCCAAUAACAAUGCCGCACCCAAGCUCGAUGUAAAUAAGAAAAAAGCUGUGCAAGGGGAGUCGGCACCUGCUGGCGAACGCCAACUGCGCUCCACUCCCGACUGGGGCGAUGGCGCGAUCAAUGGGGACCAUUUGUGGGUGCCGACCUCGGCGUCUGGUGACCUUUGCUACGUUGGAGAUUCUGAAUGUCAGCGGCAUGGACCAAGACUCAAGUGCGCCGCGUGCCGAAUCGUGGCUCACUCGGGCUGCAUCUCGCAACUGCUGGACAGACAGAACUUCACGUGCAAACCGACCUUCCGGGACGUGGGGGUGCGGCAGUACCGGGAACAAACUUCCAUCCAGCACCACUGGGUGCAUCGCCGCUCGCAGAAGGGCAAAUGUCGCCAGUGCGGCAAGUCGUUCCAGUCCAAGUUGUCGUUCAGUUCAAAGGAUAUCGUUGCCAUCAGUUGUUCCUGGUGCAAGACGGCCUAUCACAACAAAGACUCGUGUUUCAAUCUGCAGAAGAUAGGCGAGGAAUGUGAUUUAGGAGUUCACUCCAGCAUCAUAGUGCCUCCGUCAUGGAUCGUGAAGCUGCCUCGCAAAGGAAGCUUCAAGUCAAGUCUCCGCAAAUCUCCGAAAAAGAAGACGAACAGCAAAAAGAAGAGCAAGCCGGAGCAGCGAACUUUUGUGAUCAAGCCGAUCCCGACGGUCAGCGUGAAACCCGUGAUAGUGUUCAUCAACCCCCGCUCGGGUGGCAACCAGGGCGCCAAAUUGCUGCAGAAGUUCCAAUGGCUGCUCAACCCCAGACAAGUUUUCGACCUUACCCAGGGUGGACCCAAUAUGGGGCUGGACAUGUUCCGAAAGGUGCCGAAUCUUCGGGUGUUGGCAUGCGGCGGCGACGGCACCGUCGGCUGGGUUCUCUCCAUCCUCGACCAACUCGGCUUCUCGCCGCCGCCAGCCGUCGGCGUGUUGCCGCUGGGAACAGGCAACGACCUCGCCAGAGCUCUUGGAUGGGGUGGCGGCUACACUGAUGAGCCAAUCUCAAAGAUUUUGUCCAACAUCGCCGAUGGUGAAAUCAUCUUGCUGGACAGGUGGAACCUGAAGGUGGAGAAGAACCCUGACGCCGAGCCGAACGAGGAGGGCAAGGAGAACCUUCCCCUGAACGUACUUAACAACUACUUCUCGCUUGGCGUCGACGCUCACAUUGCCUUAGAAUUCCACGAAGCAAGAGAGGCGCACCCGGAGAAAUUCAAUUCGCGGCUCCGCAAUAAAAUGUUUUACGGCCAGGCCGGAGGCAAAGACUUGCUGCAGCGCAAGUGGAAGGACUUGUCCGAUUUUGUCAAGCUCGAGUGCGACGGAAAAGAUUUGACGCCCAAACUUAAAGAACACAAGGUCCAUGCGAUUGUCUUCCUUAACAUCGCCAGCUACGGUGGCGGCACUCGGCCCUGGAACAAAACAGGCGCCGCCCAUGAGCAAUCGACAGAGGACGGAAUGAUCGAAGUGAUUGGCCUCACCACCUAUCAAUUGCCCUUGCUGCAAGCUGGUGGUCACGGUUCAACCAUCACCCAGUGCAAAUCGGCGAUCAUCACGACGUCAAAGACGAUACCUAUGCAGGUGGACGGUGAGGCGGCCAGACUGAACCCUUCCAUCAUCACCAUGACCCACCUGAAUAAGGCCAGCAUGCUGGCCAAGCGCAGAGGCAGAAAGGGCAACAGCCAGCAAACAACCCUCGAACAACUCAAGGUCACUGUUAAGAAGAUUUGUAUGUCCGACUACGAGCAACACCACUACGACAAGGAUGUCCUGACCCAAAGAGCUACUACUUUGGGCACGAUCGACGUCAGUCCUUCGGCAGAUCUGGAGCAGGUCCGCCAGAUGAUCAUCAAACUGCAGGAGGACAAGACGGACCCCGCCGCUAGGCUCUCAUCGGAUUGGUGCUUUGUUGACUCUUGCACUGCAGAAAGAGUGUUCCGGUUGGACAAGGCGCAAGAGCACCUGCACUAUGUCAUGGACGUUGCCAGUGACGAGUUGUUGGUGCUGGACACAGAACUGCCCACGCUGCCACAGACCCCAGAGGACGAGGGCAUCGGGGACCAUAAUUUGUCUCCAACAGGCAACUCCAACGGCCUCAGAUCAAGACUGCGAAUCUCGUCGCCCGGGGAGGAAUCCUCAGUCGACAGGGAGGGCGUGGAAGUGGUGGCUGCUGAGCUAGACCAGGUGCUGCAAACCUUCGAGGAGGAGGAGGAGCUGAAAAUGGCUCAAGAGAAUGGGGCCGUCGAGGAACUUGAGGAGCAGAACGGCGAUUCGGGUGAGAAGUCAACCUCGCCUCGGAGGUGCAGCUUCCAACUGGACUUGCAGUCACAAUCACCAACGCCCAAGAUCGAAGAGUGCAGUAAAUUAAAGCAUUCCCACACCUUCCCUAGCAUCUAUGAUCGGUUGUUUGGACUUGAAUACUAUAAAUUAAGCAACUUGUUGGAGAAGAACUCUGAGAGUGUUCUCAAAGCGGCCAAGACAGGUGAUCUCAAAAUGUUGAAGGACCUCUAUGCGAUGGGCUUCUCGCUUCUCUCCAUUGAUCCAACAGGCCAGACAGCGCUGCAUCUCGGCGCUAGAUAUGGUCACAAAGACAUCGUCAAGUUCCUCAUCGCCACUGCCCCGCCAAGUAUUCUCAACAUGGUGGACAACGAUAAAGGACAGACUGCCCUCCACAAGGCUGCGGAGGCGAAACAGCGUCGCAUCUGCUGCAUGCUCGUAGCAGGAGGAGUCUCCAUCAGUAUGGCAGACAGCCAGGGCACCUCAGCAAGAGACCUUGCCCAACGUGCCCAGGACUCCGAGUUAGCAGCCUAUCUUGAGAGUCAAGAGCACUUCCAGCAAGUGGCUGAAGACAUGGAGACAGUGGUAUGAUGUCAGGCGAUAAUUGUGAUUCCCCCAAUGCGGUAGUACCCCCACGCCCCCAUCACCCUGCGAGAAAAUCGAACGGCCAAAAAGCAAUUGAAGACAAACGAAGAAACGACGACUCCUCGUGCGAGUCCACGGAGGAGAAAUCAAGACAAAAAAUGCUCACAUCCAAUCGUUUAAGAAGCUCUUGUUCUUCUGCAAAGAAAGCAAAAAAUGGACUAAAAUACACACACUUUAGGAUUACAUUUAUGAAAAGAGAAGACCAAUCAGUAAUAAUUAUUAUCUAGUAAUUACUAUCGCUAAAUAUAAAUAUAAUAUAUAUUAUGUAAAUUAUUCAAAACUAAUCGAUGGACUGAGAUGAGAAUGGAAAUGUAUUUUUCUGAUACACUGUGCUCUGAUACUACUUAAGUGGUUCCUAAAAAGGAUUGAUUUCUACUUUCACGGCUGAGAAGAGGGGUCGUACUAAGCGAUCAUGGAAUUAAUAUGUGUUGAUUUUAAACGAUUUUGAAUCAAAUUAACUAAAAUUGCAUAUUCUUGCGAGCCACUCUCUCGCACCUUUUUGAAUCAACCAACGCGUUAUGGAAAGAAAAGAAAACUCCUUCGGCAAUAAAAAAUUCUUCAAAAAGCAAAAAGAUCAUUGUGAGAAAUUUGAAUAAUUACUUUAAGCACUUCGUUAAAAUCGAAAAACUUCUUGCGCUACAAACGCAGCAGCCUUUGUUAGUUUUUGACUUGCGAAUAGGCUUGUUGGAAAUGAAAUAUUUCAAAACGUGAAAAUUGUUCUGGCCUAUGCUGAUGCGGUAGGCCUACCACUCUACCACGUGAAUGCAAAACGGUGCUCACAGUUCACACUUCAAUGUUUCGACCAAGGUACGGCUCACACUAACAGCAAUUUUUAAUCGGACCGACUGUCAAGAAUUUUUCUUUUCUGCGCUUAGAAAGGUGUAAAUUCAGGCGCAGAAAAAACAAAUUGUGCCAAAUUUUUCAAAACCUUUGAAAAUGCGUGAGCCCUGCCUGCCGAGUAGUCAAUUAUCCGAGUGUGAGGCACCGUGACAUUUGUUGAAAACUGGCAGAAACAAACCAAUUGCUUGUGGUCGUUAUUGUAUAUUACUCAAUGUAUUGACACCAAAAUUCGAAAAGUUGAUGUGCAUUUUUCCAAAAAUCAUGCAACUCUAAUACGUGCGUGAUGGGUGGACCUGAAACGUAGUCCCGAAUCUAGCAGUCCGUGUGUUUUAAAGAGCUGCUGUUGGUAACAGGGGGAAAGUUUUUCAGAAAUAUUAAGCAUGGCCUUUGCACGUUUCCCUCUUUGUAAAAAUUUAAAUACUGAGCGCGAUUUGAGCUUUAUAAACAGAAAAAAAAUUGAAAAUUUAUUCGGGUAGAGUAAAAAAAUUAUACGAAAAAUACUAUUGAUCUAUAUACGAACAGACUUGAUAAAGUAAAAAUAGCUCUAUGAUAUGAAUGUGGAAUUGAAUUUUCUCCAAAUAGUAACAUGAUAUAUACAUAUUGUAAAAUAAAAAUCUAUUUUGGGCUCAAUCGCCACCACUGCUGCUGCGCUUAAUAUGGGAUCACUUAAAACACCCUUUUAUCAAACAACUUAUAGGUGUUAAAGGAAAUUAUUGUCAAAUUUAUUAGUGAAAAAACACCGAUUUUGAUGUGCGCAGCAGGGGAGUAGAAUAAAAUUAAGAAGAAAAAAAUAAUUAGAGUGUGUGUGUUGGUCAACUAAACUCGUCUUAUGAAUAAAGCUUUGGGAGAUGCUUUAAUUUUUUCGUUGUAAAGAAAGUGGACAAUGUUCUCGGAGGGAAUAUGUGUUAAAAACUACUUCAUUGCUGUUGAACUGUCUGUCUUUGAUGAUCAAGUCCGUUUUCAGUUACAAAAUGAAAAAUUACGCGAGAAGUUUGAAAUUUGUGUUAAACAACCACAAUAUGCGUCCGUACCUUCGUAGAAAAUUUAACAUGUUUAUCGUUCAUGUACUUAGAAAAGAAUUUCUCAAAUGAGCUCUGACUUGUUCUAUUUUUCUGGAAAUCAAGUACAAUUACGCUUACUAAUUCUUAGAAACUGUAACUUUCGUUCGAAGUUUCGAUCUGCACUUGGAAAACAAAGUAAAAUUAUCAUUAUUGUACACCUGUACAGAAUCUCUUUUUUUUUUGUCGGUCGGGAUCAAAGGUUUUUGAAAGAAAAUUGCAUAAACUGCUUUCUCACAU